AGCUGGCCAUCAGGGCUAGCAAAGCAUUUUCUGCUGGCCCAGACUAUCAGAAUCACUGACUUUCAAUUUGAGUUCAUAUUAAAUCAGAUUUCAUCUGUCACGCAUCACUGAGGUCAAAGGGAAUUGUCAUAAAGCAAUCACUGCACAAGUAUAUUUGUGUGGAUUUAAUAGCUCUUUUUCUAAUUCCAUAAUGGCUGACAUAGGAGAGAAAAGAUGGACCUUUGAAGAAAAGCUGGACAUUAUGAGGAAGCAAAAACAGUUUUUUUUUUUUUCCAUUAACCAUUUAUACUUUUGUAUUUUCUUUCCUGUAGAAUUUGCAAAAAAGCACAAUUACAAAUCCCCAGGAACACUGUAUAGAAGAAAAUGCACAGAAAACUCAUUUUAUGAGGUUAAUAUCAAUGCUUCUGUUAGAGAUGAUGUAUGCAGCUGUGGCUGCAGUGAAAAGAAACUUGCUGAAUUGUUAAUUAGUAAUGGGAUUCAUUCUCACUGCAUAAGAUACCUGUUUUUGAUGCAAUGCUCUGUUAUACCUUAUUUCUAUAUAGUAUUGAUGGUUUCUGUAGCUGUGGCAUCAUAAUGUUGGUAUUUAAGUAUAUAGGGCUGCGACUGUACAGUUUCUAUACAGUUGCAUAUAUGCUUCAAAGCAAAGUAUAAACCAGACUUGAGUUUCCUAGGAUCAUUAUCCAUGAAAUGAAUUGAAUAAUUGAAUAUGUAUACACACAGUUACUGGUGUGUGUGCGCGCGUCAGUGGAAGGGGCUGAAGUGGGCGGGGCUUGAGGUCUUCUAUCCGCUCCCGUUCGCUGCGCAUUUAUUUGUAUUUCUACAGUAUUAUUGCUGUGAUGCGCGUGUGUGUGCGUGCGUGCAGCGUGGACAAAGCGUUGGGAUCUAAUCACUGUCGGCUUUUCGUGUAGCAAAUGUAAUCGUGUACAUUUGGGGGAGGGGAAUAAGAGGGGGAGGGGGCUCACUGGAAAACAAGGAUGUGAAUUCAUAGCGGGGGAGGAGGAGGAGGGUCACAAACCAGGAAGAUGAACAAUAUGCAGAAUUCAGCAACAUGAAAACUGUGGUGUGAGUACAGCUGACACGUGAGCGCAGGUUGAACGCGUCCAGUCGGAAUGUCAUUAACAAUAAGGCGAUCUGCUUUUUCUAAAUCUAUGAAAUCAAGCCCGGGAGACAUCCCCCUCCCUCCAAAACAGAGGUCAAAGUUCACAGGAAGCUGGGGGGCUGCCAUUUUUCCCCUGCUAACAUGUUAGAUGCUAAAACGCACAGAGGUGGUCGUUGUUGAAAGCGUUUUGUGUUUGUUGUUGUUAUUUUUUUAAACCCACAGGGAUCUUUUUUUCUUUCUGUGUAGGUUUGUUCGCCUUAUCCGUCACAUGCGUUAGUUGUCGCGGUUAAUGGAAGGCGGCAUGGAGAGAAGCGAGCAGCCGUGGAAUUCUUCCUAUACGUACCAGGUGAGCAAGCACAGCGCCGAGAUGCUCCACAACCUGAACAGCCAGAGAAAAGAUGGAGGAAGAUUCUGCGACGUGAUCCUGCGCGUCGGCGAGGAGAGCUUUCCGGCGCACAAGGCGGUGCUGGCGGCGUGCAGCGAGUACUUCGAGUCGGUGUUUAGCUGUCAGGGCGAGGGCGACACCGAGAGCAAAGAGCUCGAGAUGCACACGAUCAGCCCCAAAGUUUUCCGCGACAUUCUCGACUUCGCGUACACGUCGAAGAUCGUGGUGCGCCUAGAGUGCUUCCCGGAGCUCAUGACCGCCGCCAAGUUCCUGCUCAUGCGCUCGGUCAUCGAAAUCUGCCAGGAGGUGAUCAAACAGUCCAACGUGCAGAUCCUGGUUCCGCCGUCCCGCGGUGGCGAGCUCAGCUUCCUGUCAAACGCCAUGCACGCAGACGCGCCAAACGGCGCCGUGUUUACCAACAGACACAGUCUGGACAGCGACAGUGCAAACGCCCCGCCGCCUAUAACCACCAACUCCCACCAGAUCGGCCUCCCUGUGUCCCCUUCAGCCUUCACGAACAGCCCGGUGAACGGCGAGGCCUCUCCGAACUCCAAGCGCAUCAGAGUACGGCCUAAGAAAGAAGAUCCGCCAGCCCCCGGGGUGUACAAUAACGGCACGACCGACGAGAAUGAAGGUCCUUUUCCUGGUGGUCUUUGUGGCAAAAUGCUGAGCGACGCCGUGCAGCUCAGGAACCACGAGGCCCAGCGUGGCUCAGUGGGCGCAGGUGGGGAGUUGGUGGCUGUGGACGUGUCUUUAACGGCUCCACAGCCGCAGAACUGCGUGCAGACGGACGGCAACCGCAAACGGGAGAGGACGAGGCGACACGUGGGCUGCGAUCUGUGCGGGAAGGUGUUUAGAGACGUCUAUCAUCUCAAUCGUCACAAGUUGUCCCACUCUGGGGAAAAGCCAUACGCGUGUCCUGUGUGCGGCCUGCGGUUCAAGCGCAAAGACAGGAUGUCUUACCAUGUUCGCUCUCACGAUGGAGCCGUGGGUAAACCUUACGUAUGCCAGAACUGUGGAAAAGGCUUCUCCAGGCCAGAUCACUUAAAUGGACACAUCAAGCAGGUGCACACCACAGAGAGACCUCAUAAAUGUCAGAUUUGUAAUGCGUCAUUUGCAACACGAGACCGUCUGAGGUCUCACCUGGCCUGCCACGAGGACAAAAUCCCAUGCCAAGUGUGCGGCAAGUACUUAAGGGCUGCUUAUAUGACAGACCACCUAAAAAAACACAGCGAAGGACCUCACAACUACUGCAGCAUAUGCAAUAAAGGUUUUUCCACUGCGUCCUACCUAAAGGUACAUGUAAAAACACACCACGGCUCGUCAAUGCUCCCUUCCUCCACAGCUCACCAGUUCCCAGAGCCUCGUGACAACGGGCCACAGAUGCACAACGGCGCCCCCUACCACUCAGGACGCCAAUGCGCAGUGGAAGACCUUUGCACCAGUCGCCGGAUUCUGAUGCCCUUUCCUGAGGCAGAGGGGUGUUUUCGGGGGUUUUCAGGGUCUGCAAUUCUCACUCAGCCAGGCCCUCCUGCCCUCGGUGUGCAGCCUGAGCUGUGGGAGCGACAUUGUGGCGGAGCACCAGGCCUCCCGUUGCACGCACCUCUCGCAGACGGACAGGAAAAUGCUGCGAAAUGCCCACAUCAGGAUUCUGAGGGGUCGGGUGCUGCAUUCGAAGACCUUUCGAAUGGAAAUGAGCUUAAACUGGAGCAUAAGGCUGAGGACAAGGAGCUUGAGGUGACCUCGCUGAUCUUCAACGGCGAGGCCGACAGCACAGCAAACACGCCAUGCAGCUCCAAACAGAAGACUGACAUGGAGAAAAAGUUUGCUUGUGGCUUAUGUGGCCAGACCUUCCGCACUAAAUCCUACCUCAACAAGCACCAGCACCGGGUGCACAAGAAAGCCAGUGGGACAGCAUCCAGUCUCGGAGAUCUGGGCUCUCCAUUCUCGCCACAGCAGAACAUGUCGCUGCUCGAGUCAUUCGGUUUUCAGAUUGUCCAGUCAGCUUUUGCCUCAUCGCUUGUGGACUCUGAGGUAGGGAGCAAUGCUAUAGGCUUAGGGGAUAAGUAAACACCUAGAGAAAGUAGAACUGCAGUACCCCUCAAAGGGGACAUCUGGUUUAGAGCAACUAAACCAGAUGUCCCCUUUGAGGAACUGCUGUUCUACUUUUUCUUAUCAAUGCCAUUGUAAAAGAUUCUGUAUUUUGUGUUGCUUAUUGUUGACCUUUAGUCAGUUGAUUUAAUAUUAUUGUCACAAGUUUGCCAGUAUGUUUUACAUUCUUUGUUAACAUGAAGCAGCCAAUCAUUCAUGAAGCAACCAAGCAUUCAAAAUCGCAGUAUGUAUUAAUAAAUCAUCCCACAGAGUAAA